GCCCGGCAGGGCCCGCUUGUCCAGCUGGCGUCGGGCCGCGUCUCCUUAGCUCCUCACGGUCUUCCCGCGGCGAGGCGGCGGCGCGGCGAGUUUUGACACUUGGGCGGCUGGAGACGCGCGCCGGCUCUCGCGGGCCCACGGCUGUGGCGGCGGCCGACUCUCGAGGGCCCCUCAGCCGCGCCCCCGAGCUCCCACCGCCCAGAGUCGGGCGGCCACGAGGCCCGGCCGCGCCCGCCCGCCCGCCCGGCGGCUGCAGCCAUGUCGAAGGGGCCGGAGGAGGUGAACCGGCUCACCGAGAGCACCUACCGGAAUGUUAUGGAACAGUUCAAUCCGCGGCUACGAAAUUUAAUAAACCUAGGAAAAAAUUAUGAAAAAGCUGUUAAUGCUAUGAUCCUGGCGGGGAAAGCCUACUACGAUGGAGUGGCCAAGAUUGGUGAGAUUGCCACCGGGUCCCCUGUGUCGACAGAGCUGGGCCACGUUCUCAUAGAGAUUUCAAGUACCCACCAGAAACUUGAUGAGAGUUUUAGAGAAAAUUUCAAAGCAUUCCACAAAGAGAUUAUACAUGAGCUGGAGAAGAAGACAGAACUUGAUGUAAAAUACAUGACCGCCACUCUCAAAAGAUACCAAACAGAACACAGGAAUAAAUUAGAUUCUUUGGAGAAAUCUCAAGCUGAAUUGAAGAAGAUCAGAAGGAAAAGUCAAGGAGGACGAAAUGCAGUCAAAUACGAACACAAAGAAAUUGAGUACAUAGAAACCGUCACCUCUCGCCAGAGCGAGAUCCAGAGGUUCAUCGCAGAGGGCUGCAGAGAGGCGCUCCUGGAGGAGAAGAGGCGCUUCUGCUUCCUGGUGGACAAGCACUGCAGCUUCGCCAGCCGCACGCAGCACUACCACCUGCAGUCGGCAGAAUUACUGAAUUCCAAACUGCCCAGGUGGCAGAAAACCUGCGGUGAUGCCACCAAAGUGCCAGAGGAAAUCAUCAACAUGAUAGAAGAAAUAAAGACCCCUAGCUCCACCCCCACGUCCUGGACGCCUCAGCCUUCGCCAAUGGUCGAGAGAAGGAGCAUGGCUGGGAAAGACUACGACACCCUUUCUAAGUAUCCACCCAAGGUGCCCCCGGCUCCUUCAGGCAGAGUGGUCACCAGCCCUUUGAUUGAUAUGUUCAAUAACCCAGCGACUGCUGCACAGAAUUCGGCUUCUUUGGAGGAUCCCAGUUUACAGCGAUCGGUGUCUGUUGCAACGGGACUGAACUUGAUGAAAAAGCAGAAAGUGAAAACCAUCUUCCCGCACACGGCUGGCACCAACCAGCUUGGCUUCGCGCAGGGAGACGUCAUCACGCUGCUCGUUGCUGAGGAGAGAGACGGCUGGCUCUACGGAGAGCACGACACCUCCAAAGCGAGGGGCUGGUUCCCGUCCUCGUACACGAGGCUGCUGGAAGAGAGCGCGCAGGAGGCAGUGAGUGUGCCCGCGCCGAGCCCAGCGCCCGUGAGGAGCAUGAGCACCGUGGACUUGUCAGAGAAGAGCUGUGCUGCCGUCCCCAUCCCUCCUCCCGAUUACCUGGAGUGCUUGUCCAUGCGAGCGGCUGCAGACAAGAGAGCAGAUGUUCCCAAGCCCACGUCCACCUUUAAAGCCCCGGCGUCCGGACCAGAAACCACGUCUCUCACUGUCCAUAGGAAUGCUGCCUUGGAAGGGCUGAGACUGCCCAGGAAGCUGAGGCCUGCGAACAGUGCCCACCCUGGGGUCCCCGCCCUCCUUGAGCUGCAGAGCUGGAGGCUCACAACUUGCUCCUGAGGGCCGGGUGGGGCUGCUCGGAGGCGACCUGGUGCUGUGCGCUCACCAAGCCUCCUCUGGGUCAGUUCCACGUGGAAGCCUCUGCCCUUCCCACCUGGACCCGUGCAGGGGUCCUCAGUUCACACUCCCUGCCUGCUCCCAGCCUUCUCGUCUCCCGAAACCGCCUCUCCCUUCCACACGCCAUCUCCACGCCAUCAGUAACCUGAAGUCUCCCACCAAAGCCCCACACCCGAUGGCGUGGCAGUGAGGUCCACCCCACAUUUGAGGAAGAACUAGCAGCGGUCCUUUGCACUUUCCCGUGAAUCGAAGAGGAAGCACUGCCCGACCUGGUGCUGUGAGGCCAGCACUCCCUGAUCCCUCGGGCAGGCCGACUCUGUCUUGCAGGCUAGAGGCCUUUUCAGUCUUUCAUUUCACAGCCUGUAGUCUUUGGUUUCAUUUAAAAAGAACAUUUAGAAGCCCCAGAUAUCUCAUGAAAAAGCCCUGCUUGUGUGAGUUCCAAUGGCAACCUCAGUUGUCACUGACUUUACAGCUGUUAGAACAAUGAGCGUUCUUGGACUCUUAAUGAUUACGGAAACCUUCCAUAAAAAGCAAGUUUAUCACACAAGCCAGUAUAGUCGAUACCGACAGUGAGGUCACAUUUACAACUUUGGCAACAAAAAUUACUACAGCAUCUGACUACUGUGCCCAACCAGACUUCUUUCUAAACAUCAAGACAGAUUGUGAAGGAAGGCGCCCUGAAGGGAGGGCUCUGGGUCACGUGCGGGGACCUUUGCCCUGGAGCUCAUCCACUGGGCAUCACUGGUGGCUUAGGGUGGUCCAGGCCCUGGGCUGGGCUCUGGGGAGAUGAAUAGGAGUGAGGCCAGCCCAGCAGUUGAGCCCAGUGAACAGGUGUUUAUUGUGUGUAUAGAGGUGCAGGGUGAAGAGGUGACAGGAGGUGGCAGGACUCCGCUCCUGGGAAGCAUCAAAGGCAGCAUCUGGGGGGGCAGGUGGUUGAGCCACAUUCAAAGGAAGAGCUCUGACCAAACACGAGGCCUGCAGGCAUGCAUUCUGGGAACUUGGGUGGCUGGGUGCUGUCUGGGGCGGUGGUCCAAGAAGCAGUAGGAUAGACAGGCCAGGAGUGGAGCGCUGAGCUGGGAGCGUGGGCUGCCGCUGUCCUCCCUCCACCCGAGGGUGUGCUGGAGCCGGAGGUGGGCCGGAGGCAUGCGGUCAUGGGGAGAGGAGGUUCCAUGCAGAUGGGGGGGGGGGGGGGUUGACAGGUGAGAACUGACAGGCCUAGUGACUAACUCGUGUAGCCUACACAGAGAAACCAGUUUUGUUGGAACUCUGGGAGCAGGUCUGAUUUACUCAUGUUUACAUAUUUUGGAGGCUUUUUAAAAAAAUAACAUGUAAUUUUGAGCUCCAGAUCUUUAACAUGCUAACAUUAUAAAGGAAAAACGUUCUUAUCUGAAAUUAAGGUACUCAUUUAACUACUAGAAAAAAAAAUUGUUUUGGACCAAGGUUCUGAAUAAUUAAAAAUAAUCAGUGCCCUGCAAGCAUGACUGUAUUCAGGAAAAAACAAAGCUAUCUGUGGUUUUUUUAAAGUACCUGCAAUUUUAGAGACCCUCUUCCCACAUUUGCUAAACAGAUUGAAAGUUAUCUUUCAUGGGGGUAUUUAUAUAGUUUAUGAUUUGUCAAACUGUUAAACAUAGAAAGAAAUAGCUUUAUGGUGCAGUUCUGUGUAAAAAAAGUCUACUACAGAUAAACUGAUGGAUGAUGCCACUCUUGAGACAGAUAAGGAUGAACUCCUGCGUUAACCUUUAUCCAUCCCCUGCUACUCUAAGUCAGCAAACCUAUGUUUGAAUAUUUUUUACACCUGCCUGGCAGUCACAGCUGCAGGUUGUGGCUGAAGAGCCAAGUCCAAGUUUGUAAAAAUUAAAAUGUUUAAUCAUUA